GGCUAUUACCUCGCGGCAAUGCAUACAAAGUCCCGAUCCACCGGGCUGGGUCCAAUUCCUUCGUGGUUUGAAUUAUUUCUUCCAACCUCAACCAACAUCGGAAAUCCAACCUGCGAAUCUACAAAUCCCUAGACGAGAGAGGGGUGGCUGAUAAGCGACUGAGACCGUACUGGGCCACUGAUAGGGUCUGAUCUUGGCAAGAUCAUCAACUUAUCAAAUUCCUCAGCCCCUCGCAGUCCCAUUCCACAAUCCUACAAAUCACCUCGCUGCAAUGUCCCAAUACAGAGCCUACGACAAGGACGGUGAUGAUGUCCCCGUCAUCGAAGACGCGCGCGUCGGCCGCGCUGGCUACGCCGACGACUCUACCUCGGCAGACGCCGAUUUCUCAGCCAUUGACCCGCACAGCGGUGUCAAGCGAGGCCUAAAGACCCGGCACCUCAGCAUGAUGGCCCUGGCGGGCAUCAUCGGGCCGGGCCUCCUGAUCGGCGCGGGCGGCGCGCUCUCCAACGGCGGACCCGCCGCCCUGCUCAUCGGCUUCGGCGUCAUCGGCAUCAUUGCGUUCAGUAUCAUGCAGAGUCUGGGUGAAUUGACCACGUUGUAUCCCAGCGGCGGAGCGUUCACCGGGCUUGCGGAUCGGUUUGUCGACAAAGCUUUUGGUGUUGCACUGGGCUGGAAUUACUACAUAAUCUGGAUGUGUGUCUUGGCCAAUGAGUACAAUGUGCUAUCGAGCAUUUUUGUCUUCUGGAGUGACAAGGUCCCUUUGUGGGGAUACUUUCUCAUCUUUUGGACGCUUUUCCUCGGGUUCCAACUGCUGGGGGUUGAGGCUUUUGGAGAAGCCGAGUUCUGGCUAGCUUUGCUUAAACUGAUUGGCCUAGUCGCAUACUUUAUCUUCUCGAUCGUAUAUGCUGCCGGAGGAGUCCCCGGACAAGAAGCCCUCGGCUUCAAAUACUGGCGCGAUCCCGGCGCUUUCACAGAUGGCUUCCGCGGCACUGCCAAGGUCUUCGUCUUCUGUUCCACAUUCUACGCCGGCUGUGAAUCCGUCGCCGUCGCCGCCACGGAGACCAAGAACCCGCGCGUCGCAGUCCCACUUGCGAUUCGUCAGGUCUUCUGGCGCAUCAUCUUCAUCUACAUGGGAUCCGCCUUCUUCUUCGGUCUGACAUGCCCGGCCAACGCUGAUGAGCUCGUUAACGGGGGAUCCCGUGCAGUGAAGAGUCCCAUGACGGUGGCUAUUCAGAACGCCGGCUGGGAAGGUGGCGUGCAUUUGAUAAACGCUUUCAUCUUCGUUACGUGUCUGUCGGCGUGCAACUCGUCCAUCUACAUCGGAUCCCGCACUCUCCUGUACAUGGGCCAGGACAAGAAGGCACCCAAGAUCCUGGGGAGAACUGAUAGUCGCGGUGUGCCUAUCCCAGCCAUUGUGUUCACCAACUUGUGUGGCGCACUGUCCAUGAUGAACAUCAGCACCGGCGCCAGCAAGGCGUACUCCUACAUCGUGAAUCUCAGCGGUGUCUCGACUUUCCUCGUCUGGGGUUCCAUCUCUUUCAUUCACAUUCGGUUCAGACAAGCGUGGAAGGCCCAAGGGCACGCUGAAAGCUCACUACCCUUCAUUUCGCUAUGGUACCCAUGGAAUGCCUACUUCGGCUUGGCGGCAAACAUCUUCCUAGCAAUUGUACAGGGUUGGACCACCCUUUCGCCAUUCGACGCUGGGUCAUUCAUCGAUGCUUAUAUCUUACUGCCCUUGUUCCCCAUCAUUUGGUUCGGAUACAAGUUCUGGUUCAAGACACACUUCUGGAGGGUGGGCGAGAUUGAUCUGAUGUCCGGUCGCCGACGCGAUCUGGACGAGUCAAGGGAGAUUGAGACCGGAGAACAUGAUUUGGAUAGACUGCCCUGGUGGAGGCGGUUGCUCAAGAGCUUUUGAAUUCAUCAAUCAGAUGGAUCAUGGAAUUCGGUAUCGACCAAGAGAAUAGGCGCUUCGGAAAGAUGGCUGUAUUUAGUUAGGCACGGCCCAUUGCAAGGGACGAUGUGCCCUUUUCUAUGGCAAUCAAG